GACCUUUAGAGCCGGGUCCAUUUGGCGGGGUUUUGGCGGAAGGCUCGCUAUGGUGAAUAAUGGACGAGUUUUGGCGACGUAAGCACGCCGCGCCUGGCUGUAAGGUACGGUCGCUAUAGCAACCGGAGUCCCCGAGCCGAGCGGAUCGUUCCAAAUUGACAUGUUUGAAAACGACAAAUGCUGAGGGGGACUGGCGACUGCGGAUCGAAUAUUUACCCAUUCUAUUGAUAGAGAAAGGCGACUGUUUGUUGAUGUGACUCGGGUGAAUAGCAUCUAGCCGCGUGCAUUGUGCGCUACCCGGGGGAAUUUCAGCGCCAGCCAAUCGCGACGGAGCGCCGGGGUGUACGGAACCAGUUCAAGUUGCCAGAUCGAAGUGCAGAUCAAACACUGCGUUGCUGUGAGGCGCGUUUAGCAGGCAUGACGCAGCGGGGGCGAACACUCCAGUAGGUAGUAGUGAUCUCUCCGCGAGCCGAGCAGACAUGGCCGACCUGGAGUACCUCACGGAGCGAGUACGGGCGGCGGCCAGCACCUCGAUCCGCCCGUUCAGCUCCAGCCAGGAGUACCUGUACGCCAUGAAGGAGGAUCUCGCCGACUGGCUCAACACCCUCUUCGAACUCGAGCUCACCGUCGGUAACUUCGUACCGCGCUUGGAAACCGGGGUGAUCCUCUGUCACCUGGCUAACAUGGUCCGGCACAAGGCGAUGGAGUACCUGGAGGACCAUCCAGGUGUGCGGCUCAGCGUGCCGGGCGAUGCGGACAUCUCCCCGUCGGGAAACGCCGAGCCGGGCACGUUCCGUGCUCGGGAGAACGUGGCCAUUUUCAUCGACUGGUGCAGGCGACGUUCGGGCGUGUCGGACUCCCUCAUGUUCGAAACGAACGAUUUAAUCGAGGGUAGAAACGAGAGGAGCUUCGUGUUAUGUCUACUAGAGGUAGCGCGGAGGGGGGCUAAAUUCGGGAUGCUGGCCCCCAUGCUGAUUCAGAUGGAGCAAGAAAUAGAGGAAGAGAUUCGUGAGGAGGCCCCUCCCCCGCCACAGCGCAGGGUGUGUGAUCUGUCAUCGCUAGACGACAUGGUUCGUGAGUUGGUGAGUCGGUGCACGUGUCCUGACCAGUUCCCCAUGUUACGAGUGGACGAGGGGAAGUACAGAAUAGGGAACGCCAGCACUCUGGUCUUCGUACGGGUUCUUCGAAACCAUGUGAUGAUACGCGUUGGUGGCGGCUGGGACACGCUGGAACACUACUUGGACAAGCACGACCCCUGUCGGUGCAUGUCUAGAGUACACAGACAACCUCGCAGUUUUGCCGGCUCCGCCUUCGAGCAGCGCCGCCCGAGUCCCGUCAGUUCUUCCAGCCGGUCCAGCAUCAGCCCCUCCCCGCGAGCUUCCAUCGACAGCGGCCGCCCCACCCGCAGCUCCCUGGACAUGGGGCGGAGCUCCCGCGGGUCACUAGACAGCGGCACCCCGGCCAGAACUCCGCGGUCUUCCGUCGAAGAGCGGCGGCCCAGCUCGGGGUCUAGUCGGUACGGCGGUGGGCCGCCGUCUCGCCUGGCGGUGGACCCGGGGCCGUACCGCGCCAUGAACGGGCCGCUUUCCCCCAGCAGUUCGGUAUCGUCUGACACUAGUGACGUGGGAGCCCACGGUCCAAUCACAUCACCACGGCAGAGGAAUUUGGCGUCGUCUCCAAAGCGAGCGCGAAGUGUCGGCAACCUGCUUGAGGAAGACGCCGAAGACGUGAAGGAGAACGUGGCGCAGCGUCCGCGGCGGAGCGGCAUCCCCAGACCGCUUCGGAAGAGCAGCGACAACCUGCUGGCGAAGAGUACCGGAAACCUGGCGAAGAGUACCGGAAACUUGGCGAAAAGUACCGAAAAUCUCAACCGCUCGCUGCCCGCUCCUCGCGCCGUUUCUAGCCGUUCGUUACAACAACAACAUCGUUCCAAAAGCAUGGCUAAUCUGACCAAUAGGGAAGCGUAUAACGAAGGCGGUCGGCGAGGCUCCGCUGGCAUCUCCCCGCGUUAUCGUCAACAACCUGCUGCAGUUGACAGAAAUGCUGCUAGAAGUCGCUCCGACAUGACAAGUAGGGACUCUAGAAAUAAAUCCUUCGACGCUGGCAGUAGUACUGCCAGGAGUCGAUCAGAUAUGACAGAUAGACAGACGAGAAGUAAGAGUCAGUCUCGGGAACAACAACAAAGGAAAAUUUCAUCCGAAAAAAUGCCCAGAGCCUCUUCGGCUACGUCAAAAAUAUCCGAACCCAAACGAUCCAAGAAAGAGGAGACUGUCUUGGUCAUCUCGCGAAAUAAGGAAGGGACUCACCGACUUGAGCGGGAACCAUCGGACGAGAAGAUCAGUUACCGGAACUGCUCUCAUCCGGUGGGGUACGGGUACGCAGCAGAGGGAUCCAAACGCGAGGAUGGACCGAGCAGCUCAAAACCCUCCCACAUACCGACUGCUUCCCCUAGGUCACGUGUGCCGGCGCCGACGAGAUCUCGUUCACCAGAUCACGCGAGAUCAGUUGGACGUGUGCGAGAAGACCGAUCUCAGUCCAGGGAGAGAAGAUUAGCUGAUCCUGCUGAAUUUAGAUCAAAGUCACCCGACAGGCGAUCGCGAGAGCCUCAACAAACUGUGUGGAGACGUGACGGUAGGGUGCCGUCACCAGACCGCAGACAAACGUACCAAACAUCGCCCCGCCAGUCUCCAACUCACAAAAAAUCCACCGAAAAAGCCCCACCGCUAGGUCAUAGAUCACAGUCCUUUGAUCUGUAUCUAGAGUCUCACGAGCUAGACCACGAGUCUGAAGACCGGCCUGGAUCACGAGGAAAGAAAUUUAGUGACGUUAGAACAUCUCGCGAGAGGCAAAUGACGUCCCCUCGUAGGGGAUCCGAACCAAUCAGAUCUUCGGAUGGCAGAUUUACUUCUCCUGAGCGGAAACGGCUACAAGAAGCCGGUAGAUCUCCGUCCCCAGACCGUAAAAGACUUACUGAAGUGAGGGAAACGGAAACUAAAUACUUGCCAGAGUACGUCAAGCCGUCCACAAAGGCACAGAAGGUCGUCACCGAACAACGAACCCCACCUGACUCGUUCCCAGAGUCACGCCGCACUUUUGUUGAGACUAUGGAGGAAGAGGAGGAGGUCACAUCUCCAUCACGUGAUCGUUCUCCAUCCCAGGAACGCUACAUGCGCCACACCCGAAGUAUAGACAGACCACCUGUUAACCCCGACGUGCCCUUCUUCUACGAAAAGAACGACAAGUUGGCCCUCAAGACGGAAAAGGUCACCCCUAGUAGCGUGCAACUCAUCAAAGAACUGAUGGAGAAGCGAGAACAAGAGGCAAAGUUAACAUCACCCACUAGAAAAGAUGCCAUAGACGUAGGGAAGACCGAGAGUCCAUCGUUGUCUCCCACAAGGAAGACGACGCCAGACACUUCCCGUCCACUCGAUCUACAAACUCGGUUAUCUCCCAGAGCUUUAGCGGCUAAAGGCCAGAGCAAGACGGAAAAAGCCUCACCAGUUCUGGAAGAGAGAAGCGACUCCGAAAGUAGCUGUUCUGUCUCCUCUCCGUCCACGGAUAGAAGUCCGAAUGACGACACCGGGACUUUUGUGGUAGAAAGCGCGCACAGUCCGACACGUAGCCCCAAAGCGAAGGCUGCUACAAAAACAGAAGUUUCCCAACAAGCAGACGUGCGUCUCUCAGACGAGAGAGAAGAAGAACGUGUCUCUGUUCACGUCUUCAAACACAUGCAUUCCGAUGACGAUGAAAGGACGAGUGACGACGAGCUUCCAACUUUAACCGAACCUGGCCCGAUGGUUGAACGAAGUUCGUCCUUCCCCUACGACGAUGUCCGAACAAGUAGCGAAGACUGGGAAGACCUGGACGAUUCUGGGUAUCACGGGAGCGCGACGGUGACUGAUGCUACGGAACUUCCGAAUGGGCGAUUCAAAACCGCACGCGACAAGAAACUUUCGAAUCACAAAAAGGAUAUACACACACGAGAGCUUAGAACAGACGAAAUCGAGUGCUUGGAAAGAGGAUAUGGGGAACAACAAAAAGACACGGUAAAGAGCCCUACCUCCCCUGAAAGACCCCGACCCGUGCCUGCACCGCGAAAGAACGUAAAGAACUCGCUUAAGGUAGAAUCUCCCCCCGCCAGUCGGGAAAGCCCCGAGACCAGCCCCACCCACAAACAGAGAACGUCCAGACUCAAACCCAAGACUCGCGUCCCCUCCUUCCACAAGCUCCGCCCCCUCAUCAGAGUUCCUUCCCGUAAGGACCCCAAGAAGGACGGGCUAAGCAGGAUCCCCAAACCGGUGUACAGAAAGUCUCAGAGCCCGAAGGAUGGGACCUCGACGUCCCCGGGACCCACCUCGCCCGUCCGCAGGACGAAGAGACACGAUACGGAUGACUCUGGGAUCGAUCUAUCGACUUCGGGUAGUCGGAACUAUCUGGUAAAGACGAAGAGUCCGACUGAAGACUAUUCUCUCGGUAGCCCUACUAGAGGGUAUGAAGUGUUCUCGGACAGUAGUCCCAGGCAGCCCGCAGACGAAAAAGUCGUGACGCCGAGAGACUCAGGAAUUGACCUGUGGAACGGCAGGGGGAAGGGCACCCCUGAAAGUAGCCCCGUAAGAAGCAAGGGAGAGAAUUUCAAGAAAAACGAGCCCGUCUUGAGUAGAAGCGGGCCACUCAAAGCCACACAAGACUUUGGUAAGACGUUUUCACUGAGAGAUAUGAACAGAAAUGCCAAGAAGUAUCAGUCAGCAGGCGCAAGAACGAUAUCUGUCAGUAAGUUCCGCUACGACAGUGAGAUGAACAGUGAGUUUGACGACCAGGCGUCCUGGCCCAGGUCAGAGUCACCUGAAGGAGAGGUCAUAGAGGAAGAAGUAGCGUACUUCUGAUUUGUUAGAUGUAGACCUAGCGUAUUUCUGAUUGGUUAGAGCAAGACGUAUUGUAAUGCUGGUUGGAUAGAGAAAUAAAUAGCAUAUUUCUGAUUGGUUAGAGGAAGAAGUAGCGUACUUCUGAUUGGUUAGAAGAAGAAGUAGCGUAAUGCUGGUUGGAUAGAGCUAGAGACAGGCGUAGCAUAUUUCCGAUAGGAUGUAUAGAGGAAGAAGUAGCGAAUGUCUAAUUGGCUCUCUACACCUAAAUUAUUACGGAAAACAAGAUGCAGACGACAUUGCUUUCCCUCUACCGGUUAGAGGGACAUUUUAACGGAUACUAGUACAUAACCGGAGCUAAUUAUGAUAUUUAGUUCACGGCAACAGCGAUCUUUGUGCUGGAACCGAGAUUGGAGGUUGCCUCAAUGUAUAAGUAUAGAAACGUAACUUAAAUGUUUGGUGCCAAAAUGUGGCGGGAUAGAUGUUUGUUUUCUAAUGUCAUCAAUGCUCAAGUAAGGCGGAAAGGGUCUGGGAAGGGGUUUGUAGGAAUGGUGCCACUCUUCCGUGACUUCAAGAUGAAUCGUAAGAUGUUGUCAGGUUUGAUAUGGCUUAUGUGGGACGUAGGAAGUAGAAAAUACACAAAGUUCUGUCUUGGGAAGGUUUGAACCAUGGAAAGGCCGGCUGUUUAACACCGCAUCCAAACGUAAGGGUAGUCCAAAACAUGCAGUACUAAUAACUCUAACAUACGAAAAACAGGAACUUUGCCAUAUUUGCUGCUUUUACAACGAAAUCAUUUAUUUUCAGUCCGCUAUAUAUACGUGUAUUUUUAAUUAACAGUUGUUACAAGCCUGAGUAAUCAUCGUAACAUUUGUGUUGUUGCCUUCAGCGCUUAACAAGUCUACCUCCAUGUUGUCACGUAAUUGUUUUAUCUCAGCCAUUUAUUGUACGCUGAAAGAAAAGUAACAUAUACAUAAACUAGAAAUAUCUAUCGGAUUACUGAUUAUACGUAACAUAUUGCACCGAGUGCAGCUUUAAAAACCAUGGCACUGAAGUACCAUGGCAUUGAAAUAUUAGAAGCUUGACAAAUGUUAGCUGCAGAGUAAUCGCUUUGUAGGAUUCUUAAUCCAUGAUUUCAAUGACUUGGUUAAAAAUUGAUAUCUCUUUGUUAUACGCAUACAUGCCAUAACAUAUUUUUGUACAUUUUGCCAUGUAUAUAUCUAUAUAUGAUUUGAUUAUUUCUGAAGAGACUUGUCAUUACGGGUGACGUAAGUUUUGUGUAAGUAGAGAUUUUGUUGAUUGUUGAGAUAAUGAGACGCGCACGUUUUGUGUACACGGACCUUGGGUGACAAUAAACAGCGUGAAA